CUCAUAACGUAUUGCGCGUUUGAUAAGCGAUUGACAAUAUAUCACUCGUGAGUAGCGUGCGAGCACGAAGCGCAAAAUUUAGUUCGGCAGCAGCAGCAGCAGCAGUCGUCGAAUCGAUAAAAAUUUUCUCUGGUGCCCGAUUAGAGAGAGAGAGAGAAAAGCGCCGAGACAGUGAGAGUAUAACAAGAGAUUGCAAUAAAUAAACACGUUGUGCGUAUCGUAGCAUUUUUCUUUAUAAUAACUGGACUUUAACCGAGAAUCGAGGCAGUCCGUUACGCACGUUUGGGGCGGAUUUAUCGAGUUGAGCUCGUCGCCGUCGUCGCUCGCCUCUCUCGUGUGCCGCUAAAACAAAACACUGUCAAUACAGUCACAGCAGCAGCCGUCGUCGCAACACGCGCAAACGUAAAUAUACGAAGUAGUUUCGAGACAUUUUCUGACAAAAAAAAAAAAAAAUAAAAAUUCUCUCGCGCCGAGGGUGACCAAAAAAAAUGCAACGUUAAAUCAAUUUUAUAGUUCGUACACAAGUUUUUCAUUUUACUUCACACAACAACACCAUGUUCAAGACUUUGGCCAGACGCACGGUGGUGGUGACGCUCGGCUGCAACGAAAGCCAUGUGAAAUCGCUGCUCGGUAUCGCGACGCGCAGAGGAGCCCAACUGCAGCGGCAGCAGCCCAGGCGCAACUUGAACAUCCACGAGAAUCAGGCGUACACGCUGCUGAGAUCGGCAUGCAUACCGACGCCCGAGUUCGGCGUGGCCAAGACGCCCGAGGAGGCCUACGAGAUCGCCAAGGAGCUGGGCGCCGGCGACGACCUCGUGCUCAAGGCCCAGGUGCUCGCGGGCGGACGCGGCAAGGGCCGCUUCAAGGGCAGCAGCGUCAGCGGAGUGGUCAUGUGCGAGACGCCCGAAGAGGCUAAAGAUAUAUCGAGCAAGAUGCUGGGCAAGAUGCUGGUGACGAAGCAGACAGGCGAAGCGGGCAGGAUAUGCAACUCCGUGAUGGUGACGACUCGCUCGUACGCGCGCAAGGAGCUCUACGUGUCGGUCAUGAUGGAGCGCGCCUACGGCGGUCCGGUGGUGAUAGCGUCGAGCCAGGGCGGCGUCAACAUCGAGGACGUCGCCGCGACGAACCCGGAGGCGAUCAGCUACACGCCAGUCGAUCCCAAUUGCGGCCUGCAGCGCGAGCAAGCCGAUCGCAUCGCCUGCAAGCUCGGCGUGCGCGAUCCCGAGAUCGUCAGCGACAUCAUCAUGAAGCUCUACCGGUUGUUCGUCGAGAAAGACGCCGUGCUGCUCGAGAUCAAUCCGCUGGUGCAGGACAUUUGCGGCAAAUAUUUCGCGCUCGACUGCAAGUGCAACUUCGACGACAGCGCCGAGUUCCGGCAGAAGGAGCUGCACGGCAUGCGCGACUGGAGCCAGUCCAGUCCCGCGGAGGAGCAGGCCGAGAAGCACUCGCUCAACUACAUACCCAUGGACGGCAACAUCGGCUGCAUGGUGAACGGUGCGGGCCUCGCCAUGGCCACCAUGGACAUCAUCAAGCUCAAGGGCGGCGAGCCCGCCAACUUCCUGGACAUCGGCGGCAGCCCCAGCGCCGAGGCCAUCGCCGAGGCCAUGAAGAUCAUCUGCUCGGACGCGAGGGUCGCCGUGGUGUUCGUCAACAUAUUCGCCGGCAUCAAUCGUUGCGACCUCGUGGCCGAGGGCGUGAUCGCCGCCUUCAAGAAGCACGAUUUCAAAGUGCCCGCGGUGGUUCGACUGCAGGGCACCAAUGCGGACAAAGGCAGGCAGAUGCUGCGCGAGGCGAAGCUCAAAAUCAUACCGAUCGAGGGCGACAUGGCGGAAGCGGCCGAGACGAGCGUCAAAGUCGCCGAGAUCUGUCGUCUGGCUCGCGACCUGAAUCUCAAUGUCGAGAUCACUCCCAAGGCCACGUCAACGACGACGACGACGACGACGACUACCAAGUAUAUGCAUAUAAUAAGCAAAUCGGUCGAGGUGCUGGCGUUGCAGCGCGAUCCGCGAGCCGCGUUAGUCGUGUCGUCGCGCAUUCUUCGCCACGACGAACCGAGAGAAGCAAUUGUGGAGAAGAGAACACAGCGCGCGGCCACCAUGUUGUCACGGACGAUCAACUUAGCCGAGGCUCUGGGACGCAUCAACGGCACCAAGAUCUUGGCGUCGUGCGCCACAGGGGCCCAGCACGGCCUGCAGGGCGCGCAGCAGCGGCGCAAUCUCAACGUGCACGAGCACAUCAGCUACAGCGUGCUCAAUGAGGCCGGCAUACCGACGCCCAAGUUCGGCGUCGCCAAGACGCCCGACGAGGCGCACAAGAUCGCCAGCGAUCUCAAGACCAAGGACAUCGUGCUCAAGGCCCAGGUCUUGGCCGGCGGUCGCGGCAAGGGCGCGUUCAAGGGCACCAAUGUCAGCGGCGUCAAGAUGUGCGAGACGCCCGAGGAGGCGAAACACCUGGCCAGCCAGAUGCUGGGCAAGCUGCUGGUGACCAAACAGACCGGCGAGGCCGGCAGGAUAUGCAAUUCCGUGAUGGUGACGCAGCGCAUGUUCCCGCGCAAGGAGUACUAUCUCGCCGUGAUGAUGGAGCGCGCCUUCGGCGGGCCCGUGAUCAUCGCCUCGAGUCAGGGUGGCGUCAACAUCGAGGAGGUCGCCGCGACCAAUCCCCAGGCCAUCAUGUACGAGCCCAUCGACAUCAACAAGGGCAUCACCAAGCAGCAGGCCGAGGCGAUCGCCGUCAAGCUCGGCUUGGAGGGCGUCAAGGACUACAUCGCCGAGAUGAUCCUCAACAUGUACGCCUUCUUCGUGAAGAAGGACGCGCUGCUGCUCGAGAUCAAUCCCCUGGCCGAGGACAUCAAUGGAAAAUACUUUGCGCUCGACUGUAAGUGCCGGUUCGACGACAACGCCGAGUUCCGCCAGAAGGAGCUAUUCGCGAAGCGCGACUGGACCCAGGAGGAUCCCAAGGAGGUCGAGGCGGCCAAGUUCGAGCUCAACUACAUCGCCCUCGACGGCAACAUCGGCUGCAUGGUGAACGGCGCCGGCCUCGCCAUGGCCACCAUGGACAUCAUCAAGCUGCACGGUGGCGAGCCGGCCAAUUUCCUCGACGUGGGCGGCGGCGCCACCGCCCAAGCCGUCAAAGAGGCCUUCAAAAUCAUCACCUCGGAUCCACGGGUUCACGCGCUGUUGGUCAACAUUUUCGGUGGUAUUAUGAGGUGUGACGUCAUCGCCGAGGGUAUCAUUGCGGCCACAAAAGAGCUUGACCUCAAAAUUCCCGUUGUUGUUAGACUGCAGGGAACAAACGUAGACGAAGCCAAAGCCCUCAUCGCCAACGCCGGCCUGAAAAUCGUGCCCGUCGACGACCUCGACGAAGCAGCCCGCAUCGCCGUCAAACUGUCAACGAUCGUCAAACUCGCCCAAUCGGCAAAUCUCAACGUUAACUUUGAGUUACCUCAGAUCUCCUAAGCUGUGUCUCUGAACUCUUUUUUUUUUUUAGCUAGGCUAUUAUAUUUGUGAAAAUAUACAAAGAGAGCGAGCAUGCGUCGUUCCGACGAGUAACGCGCGAAAAUGAAUCCUACGUAAUUCGUUAUUUAUAU